AUGAACAUUAUUAUUGCGCUUGAUAACACCAGGCCUUGGUGUGAGCUGUGCAAGAUCCCUUUCAAACCGGGAGAGCCGACUGUCCGUUCGAAUCCAGAUGGCUCCAUGUCUAGCCCGUGGCCGUAUAAUCCCCGUCGAACGCAGAUGGGCCAUAGUACUCUUGGCGUCAAUAUUCAAGACAGACUGCCGUCGCCUAAGGCUGACACCUACCACGUUGAGUGUGGCAGACUGGACAUAGAGGCAGAGGUGCUUUGGUCAACUCUGGACAAGAUUGACCAUCGCUAUGUGCCAACCCAGACAACGUCCGAGCGCCGUCUGGAUUGGCUGCGCACGAAGAUGUCCCGUGACCUGAAUCACCGCUUCGAGAAGCUCCCAUUGGAGCUGUGCCGUCACGCUGCUGGCUUUUGCCUCCCCGUGCUUGUCUCAGCCUUCUCUAUGUUGACAAUCCCCUACGAGGAUCCUGAGAUAACAUCCUUUCGAGUUGAUCGUGACAUCUGGGCUCGCAUUGUCAAGUUCGAGGACGGAGCGUACUUCGCAUGCCUGAUGAACACCCCCCCUCCUCCUCCCGAAGACAAAGCAAGCAUGGUUGUUAAGCUGGCGAAGCCGGAGGGAUCAGUCAAGGUCCUCUACGUCGCCUUCAAUCAUUUGGGCAUCCAAAGGCUCGUUCUAGGUGUGGAUGACGAGCCGCCCAGAAUCCCUCCACGGGAUGGUGUUUGGUGGGCUACCAUGUUGGUUGAUGGAGACACCUUUACCUGCCGGAGUGAUGGCAUGAAACUGCGCGAGAUGAAGCCGGCUGCGGCGAACGAGUUCUCGUGGGACCAAUGCUGGGCUACUCCCCAGCCAUACAACAACCUUCCACUCGUGUAUUCUCUCACGACGUCGGACGCCUCGACGCUCACCCGCAUCAAGGUUGCCGAAUGGAAUAUGCCAUCCAUAACAGGUUAUUCUGUGCGCUGGGAUGUGCGACUGUCCUCGAUCCAUGCCCACGUCAGGGGAGAAGACGAUUUUGCCUUCUAUGAUGAAAUGUCGAGGAAGCGUCCAAGGGCCGUCUGGCUUUACAUGCCGAUGGAUGAAGGCGAAUUGAUCGAGCAGGUCUGGUUGCGAUCUGACGAAGGGUCCUUCUUCCCCUCCCCUGCCCUUAUUAUGAAGACAAAUCGGAGUCGCGUAUGGGAAGCCGGACCAAGGCCCGAGCCCGCUCAAUCCUAUACCUGGACUGUUCUUAGCCAAUCGACUGAGGCACAGCGCUUCUUCUUCAAUCAAUCUUACUUCGGUAUCUCGAAGCUUGGUUUCCAGCCUUUUCCCCAGCCGGCUUCGGCCAUUCCGCCUGUAGUACCUUGCCCUAAAUCAACACCCCAGAAACCACUGAGUUCCGAGGAUCACUUUUAUUCAUCUGCGCCUCUGGAUGGCGUGGUCUCGAUCGACAUUUGCCUGAAGAAGAAGGAGAAGAAGGUGAAGAAGAAGGGAGAAAGAAAGAGCACACCGAACAUCACCGGCCUGCUCUUCUCUUAUCAAGAUGGCCGCCAAAGAAGUGUCGGGCAUGUCCGCCUUGACUGGCUUCAAGGACCAACCACGAUCGGUGUCUCAAAGGGCAUUGCAUUCAUGCUUUCAGAGGACAGGCGGAAGGUUGUCAGCCUAAAAAUCGGGAACCAUGUAGACGGGGAGGACUGGGAGUUUAUCCCUUGGGGGGGA